UUCGGAGGGAUGUAACCUGCAGUAUUUUCAUUGCACUCCAACAUGCUGGUCGAUCGCUGUUUCUAGUUUUUUCACCAUAUGCCGGACUGGCAGAUGCCGAAUCUAGGGCCAGGAUUUAGAUCCUGUCAUGUUAAAAUUUAGACCUAUGUCUGACCGACUAUGAGUUUUGCUCUCGAUACUACUUUUAUCACGAAUAUUUUUAGUGAUUAAAUUAAAGAAUAAAAAAUUUGCUACUUACAGUUUUGUUAAACACCGGAAUGCCGGCACUUCCAAACUGGCCAUCAUAUCCAUGAGAUACGAUGUACACCGAGCGCUCUAACAUUAUUCUGAAACAUCAUAAGCGAGAAACUGAUGUUGCGAAUCGGCUAGUGGCAAUUCACAGUCGACUGGACCGCUAUGGUUAUGAUGUCAACAUCAAGUCUGCUCUCGAGGGACAGCUGAAUCAGUUUUUUCCUAAUAAACUAGCGCACAAAGCCACACAAGUCAAGGCGAAACUGCGCAACUUAGGCUACGAUGAAAUUCCGCCGCAUCUUGACCAAUGGAACCAUUUGGUGUACCCUAAAUUUGUGAUUGCGUUCGGCGCGAGAGGACCUGCAUGGAAGGAACGCCUGAAGAUACAGCAGUAUGACAUGGACUGCUCACGUCAUGGCAUCGAAUUUCCAACAGCGGCUCCGCCUGCUUUCGCCAAACAGUUUGCACCGCUACUAGGUCCAGAUCAAUACGGAAAUAUUGAACUAUUCAACAGGCGACCGCGUUCCACCAUCGGUUACCAAGCACUAGCUUCUCGGACCGUUCGUUGGCCAGUUCGUGGGCAGUCCAUGGUACCACAACAAAAUAAAAAGGUACCCAAAAAGGUUUUCAUCAUGCGACCAGCUGCCGGCUCGAAAAAAGCUUCCACAUGCGCGUCUAACGAUAAAACUGACCGGAAUAAAGCAGAACCGUUGCGAGCUAGUGUGCAAACUUUGGGUUCUUUUGUGGCCGCCCAAGCGUUGCCGAAUACCGUAAAACCAUGUCCGAAAUCAAGCCCGUUUUAUGUGUCGGGUCCGCGCUUUCCUGAAUCUUCCGACAUCACCGUUCCAGGACCUGGGUCGUAUAACACUCACGAAAUGCGUAUUGGACGCCGAAUAUCUGCGCAGCACAAGUUGGGACAUGGUGGUUUUAUUCCCCCUCCAUUUCAUGUUCGCUGUUCUCAUCGGAAGAAAGAAAAGUGUCACAUGUGCCAAAUGGAAGUGUGGUGCCUUCCGACAUUUUACGCCUUGCCGAAACGGAAGGUGUACCUCUGUCCACUUUGUUACCAUGUACAACGGAAGAAAGCAGUCACACUGAAGCCGCGUACCGUUGCACGAAUGCGAAGAGUGGUUGAUUGCGGAUGGCUGCACACACAUAAACAUUUUCCGGACUCCGACCGCAUACUAACGCAUGCAACCUUGGCGGAAGUAAAGUGGCUCGCACGGAAGGAACUUUACAUGCAUCUACAUUUUCCAAAACGUAGAGAUGCGAUACCACAGAAGGGCGUACGACGUUACGCGGCACCAUGAGACAUCACCGGAAGAAUGCAUGGUUACCAUCCAGAACAAAAGAUGCCUCCAAUACUAUCGCUUACAACCAGCUAGGUUUCCUGUUAAGAUGACCUAUUAACGUAACCGCCCGGCUAUGGGCAGAUGUAGUGCGUAUAUAGUACUAUAUACGCGGAAGGAACCAUGUGGCCUUUCAUAUGCAUGAAACUGCUUGCUAAUUUGUGAAGGAGAUAAUUACAGUGAGUUGCAACAAAAUGCUACUAAUGAAGCGCGACUGGUACAAUCAUCACGAAUAAACAUCCUCGCACACUUGCACUGACCAUG